CAAGAGCAGUCAAAUAAUUUUGUGGUAAACGGAAAUUACAUUCAUUUUAAGUGGUGUAUGGAACGGUAGAAGAAAAUAAUGCAAAUAUAAAUAUCCUUGCACUAUGCAAGCUAGAUCGCCCGUAAUCGGACUAAGCAAAAAAAAAUUAUUCAUUCAAAAGGAAAAAUGCAUGUCAAUGUAUAGUGUGUUUGAUUCGGUUACAAUAAUAUCGCGAAUAGUUCUAGUUCCUUUAUUCUUUUGAUGUUGUGGAUGUGUGCUCAAUAUAUAAAAAAGAGAAAAAUUCCGUUCGGUGUUUGAAAUAUACGAAGCGUCACACCAAGCAUCACAAAAUAAUGUGUCAUUAUCAUCAAGCAAUGGCGUCGAUAAAAUCAACUUUCAACUCUAAAUAAAUAAGUGAAUCUGUUAAAUAAAAUUAAAUAAUUUAAAAAAAAAUUGACCUAGUGCACUUAGUGUAGUUUAAAUUUAGUGAAUUAAAAUUAGAAAACACAGCAAAAUUAAAUAAACAACCAAAAAUGUUACAUUUAAUCGAUUAUUAUUGUGCAUAUUAUUCAAAUCGCAUCUAAAGAGAGUUAUCCAUAGCGACAAGAAGUAAACCACAAGAAAAUAGUUUUUCCAUCACCACAUAUAACAUAGUUUAACCAGCAGUAUGCCUGGCGGGCGAAGGGGCUUGGUUGCCCCGCAAAAUACGUUUCUGGAGAAUAUCAUUAGACGAUCAAAUUCACAGCCGGAUAGUUCCUUUUUAUUGGCAAACGCUCAAAUUGUUGAUUUUCCGAUUGUUUACUGCAAUGAAUCGUUCUGCAAAAUUAGCGGCUAUAAUCGUGCUGAAGUUAUGCAAAAAUCGAGCAGAUGCGGUUUUAUGUACGGUGAACUAACCGAUAAAGAAACUGUGUCACGACUGGAGUAUUCAUUGGAGAAUCAACAACAGGAUCAAUUCGAGGUGCUUCUAUAUAAGAAAAACAAAACUCCAUUAUGGCUCCUGCUUCAGGUGGCACCAAUCCGAAACGAACGAGACUUAGUUGUGUUAUUUCUAUUAACAUUUCGUGAUAUUACCGCACUUAAGCAACCAAUUGACACUGAGGACACUAAAGGAGGAUUAUCAAAAUUUGCAAAACUUGCCCGAUCCGUCACACGUAGUCGUCAAUUUAGCGCUCACCUACCUACACUGAAAGAUCCAACCAAACAAUCCAAUUUAGCAACGAUGAUGUCCUUAAGUGCCGACAUUAUGCCACAAUAUCGACAAGAAGCACCAAAAACUCCCCCACACAUUCUUCUGCAUUACUGUGCAUUUAAAGCAAUUUGGGAUUGGGUGAUAUUAUGCUUAACUUUUUAUACUGCUAUUAUGGUACCAUAUAAUGUAGCUUUUAAGAAUAAGACCUCAGAAGAUGUUCAAUUACUCGUAGUUGACUCUAUCGUAGAUGUAAUAUUUUUCAUAGAUAUUGUAUUAAAUUUUCACACAACUUUUGUUGGUGCGGGCGGUGAAGUGGUGAGUGACCCGAAAGUAAUUCGUGUCAACUAUCUAAAAUCCUGGUUUAUUAUUGAUUUGCUCAGCUGUUUGCCUUACGAUGUUUUCAAUGCUUUCGACCACGACGACGAUGGAAUUGGUUCAUUAUUCAGUGCACUUAAAGUAGUACGAUUACUAAGACUUGGACGUGUCGUUCGUAAAUUGGAUCGAUACUUAGAAUAUGGUGCUGCUAUGUUAAUUCUAUUACUUUGUUUUUAUAUGCUUGUUGCUCAUUGGCUGGCAUGCAUUUGGUAUUCGAUCGGUCGCAGUGAUGCUGAUAAUGGAUUCCAAGUCAGUUGGUUGUGGAAAUUGGCUAAUCUUACACAAACACCGUACGGCUAUGUGAAGCAUAAUGAAACAACUGAAUAUACAGAACUUACAUACGGGCCGUCUAGAUCAACAAUGUACAUUACGGCGCUGUAUUUCACCAUGACAUGCAUGACUUCCGUUGGAUUCGGAAAUGUUGCUGCCGAAACCGACAAUGAGAGAGUAUUCACCAUUUGCAUGAUGAUUAUUGCAGCCCUCCUCUACGCCACCAUUUUCGGUCACGUUACCACCAUCAUCCAACAAAUGACCUCAGCCACUGCCAAAUAUCAUGAUAUGUUGAACAAUGUCCGUGAGUUUAUGAAAUUGCAUGAAGUGCCAAAAGCCCUCAGCGAGCGUGUAAUGGAUUAUGUGGUCAGUACAUGGGCUAUGACAAAGGGCUUGGAUACGGAAAAGGUGGUACUAAAUUAUUGUCCAAAAGAUAUGAAAGCAGACAUCUGUGUUCAUUUGAAUCGUAAAGUGUUUAACGAGCAUCCAGCUUUUCGUUUAGCUUCCGAUGGUUGCCUACGUGCAUUGGCAAUGGAAUUUAUUAUGUCUCAUUCGGCGCCAGGUGAUUUACUCUAUCACACCGGCGAAAGUAUAGACAGUUUGUGUUUUAUUGUUACGGGAAGUUUAGAAGUAAUUCAGGACGAUGAAGUGGUUGCGAUACUAGGUAAGGGAGACGUUUUCGGAGACCAAUUUUGGAAAGAUUCGGCUGUGGGUCAAAGCGCCGCUAAUGUUAGAGCAUUAACUUAUUGUGAUCUGCACGCUAUAAAACGUGACAAAUUACUCGAAGUUUUAGAUUUUUAUCAGGCUUUUGCUAAUAGCUUCGCUAGGAAUUUAGUCCUGACGUAUAAUCUCAGGCAUCGCCUUAUUUUUCGAAAAGUAGCUGAUGUUAAACGAGAGAAAGAAUUAGCUGAACGAAGAAAAAAUGAACCACAAUUGGCCGCCAAUCAGGAUCACUUGGUUCGAAAAAUAUUUUCAAAGUUUCGACGUAACCCGCCAACAGGACCACGAGAAGGACAAACACAAAGUGACGUGGAAAAGGGUGACAACGAACCUGAACGUGGAAAACUGCCAGCAAAGUUAACGCUAACGGAAGACACACGUAUUAUGUCAUCUGUACCAUCACCUUCUCCGUCUCCAUCACCAUCAUCCGGACCACCAUCUGCACGAAGCACACGUGCAAGCAAAUGGGGCCGUUUACUCGGAAGUUCAAGUGUUGAUUCGGCAAGUGAUACCAGCACUAAAGUGGCUGUGUCUAGAAGUUUGAGUGCACGUGAAAGUUUACGAGAAAGUGCUCAAGGUCGACAAGGUAGUACGUCCAGCAGUAACGGCGGUCAAGGCAACAAGGUGUUUCCGAAAGCUGCAAAAUUAUCGCCUGGUCCAGCGUCACUAGCUCGACAAGACACUAUUGAUGAGAGUGGUGAAGGAGACCAGUUAUCCGCAACAGGUGUGCUUCCACGAGAAGGUAGACAAAGCUUACAAAUCGACAGACCACCACUAGAACGCCAGCCAACCGAACGCGAUCGUCUUUUAGAUCCGGCAUCCAUACAGCGAGAGCGAGAACGCAUCGAACGAAAUCUAUCAAUGGAACGAGAACGUCAAAUCGAAAUGGCAUCGUCCCGGGCAACCACAUCCGACACAUAUGACACAGGGCUUCGUGAACAGCCCAUAACACUGGCACAGCGAGACCUAAUAGCAACCGUUUUAGACAUGAAAGUGGAUGUUCGUUUAGAAAUGCAACGAAUGUCUCAACGAAUGGGCCGGGUUGAAGAUCUCCUAUCGGAAUUAAUCAAACGAGUGUCAAUGGACUCAUCAGGUCAAAGUACGCCAGCUGACGAGACUAUUCAAAAUAUAACAACGGCUGUAACGACACCAACAUCAUCAGUUAGUCAGACAACUCCAACUGCGACGGCCACAGCAGCAGUGGCUGGGACUAGCUCGGGAGGCAAUGGACUGGGACCGAUUCUGCUCCGAAAGCGACGCUCAAAGAGCAGGAAGGCACCAGCGCCUCCCAAGACUAGUCCAGAACAGACACGACUGCUGGAGGCCGAUCUACCGUCAACAUCCACAGCUAGAAAACGUGAAUUUCUCUAGCCAAGGAUUUUGUUUCGCCAUCAAACAGACAAUAGUAGCAGUGAGCAAUAGAACGUUUUUGGUUGACAUUUUCUUUUUCCGCAAAAUUGGCGUUGACCUUACAUUAACUGAUUGGUUUUGUUAUAGUUAAUCGGAAGAAAGUCAUUGUAUCGAUGGCGCUAAGAUUUUAUCGUUUAGCUUCGAAAAAUAUUAAGCGUGAUAUUAUAGGAAUUGGUUAGAAAACAGACGUGUAGGUCGGUAGGUAUUCAAUUUAGUAGUUUCGGAAGACUAGCAGCGAAAUAGGAACCUAGUUUUGAGUUACGAUUUAUCGGAAAUGAAGCAGUCGUGUUUGAAGGUUUGACUUGAUGACCAUACGUUUCCUUAGUUACCGUCUGAAUGCUAUUCACUUCUAUCCUCUCUAUCCCACAAACUCGGUGAACAUUUUCUAAGGUCUCUUACUCAAAGCUGAAAAGAAUUCGGAAAGGAAAACUUCCAUGACAUGCGAUUGUAGGAUAAGACAACGGAUAGCAAUUAUUCUGGAUAUAUCAAGUUAUAAAAAUGAAGUUGAUUUAAUAAAGUAGUUUUAUGCUAAUGACCGCUACAGUAUUGCAAUGGAAGAUUUUUGCGAUUCAAACGAAAUUAUUAAAACCAAAAAUGAAUCAAAAUUGCAUUUUUGGAAUGACAUUGUCCAUUAUUUAAAUUAAUUACCUUGAAUAGAUACCGCCCCUAAAUUACUUCCUUUUUUUUAAAUAAAAACGAAAUUGAGCAAUAAAAUUACU